AGACUCCAAAACGAUCACACGACCAAGAUGGCGAAAAUUCGCGCAGCUUUUUCUGUGCUUUCGCCAAAAAUUCAUAUUUUUAGGUUUUGUCAUCAAAAUUGCAGUUGAAAUUGAUUUAGUUUAAGUCAAAGACAAUGCUUUGUUAGUCGUUGUGAUCUAUCGCUAUAAGAAGUGUGCAUUUUGGCAAAGACACAAAGUAGCGAUUUCGACUUGCUCACAUUUUGUCGCACUUGAGUGAAGUUUCUUGCUCCUAUCGACAAAUCCCUGCGAUGUGCAGGUCGCCUGUUCGACUGCAAUUGACUCUUGCUAUCCUCAAACCGGACCUUAUGUUGCAUCCUGUACGCACACAGGCUGUCAAGAAUAUUUUGGUAGAUAAUCAGUUUAUGAUUGUUCGAUCAAGAGUGUUGAAAUGGAGCAGAGAAGAUGCUGAAUGUUUCUAUACUGAACACAAAGGGCGUUUCUUUUAUAACAGACUUGUUGGAUUCAUGAGUAGUGGACCUAUGACAGCAAUGAUUCUAGGAAGAGAAAAUGCUAUAACUCACUGGAGAAAGCUCAUGGGACCAACACAUGCCUAUAAGGCAAGGUCCAUUGCUCCUAAAAGUAUCAGAGCUUUGUACGGGAUUUCAGACACAAGAAAUGCCACCCAUGGCUCAGACUCAGAUGAAUCAGCAAGAAAAGAAAUUGAGUUUUUCUUUCCUGAAUUUGACUAUCAUGGCUGGUUUGCAGAGAAUGAAAGAAGGAAAACAUAAAAAGGUUGCUUGACGUCCCUUGGCGUCAUGAAUACGUUUGUUUCGCGUGAUCGCCAACGCUAUCGGAUAUUGAAAAGGUCAGGACCCUUUGGGGAAUGACAAUGGAACUGCAUUUGGACUACCAUGAGUCUGAAUAAGCUAGUCGCGGUAAUAGGAGCUGAUAAAAACAAGUCUUUUUAGGCUAAAAAGGACGUAGUAGUUAAGAUGUCAGUAGUGGACCAAUCAUUGGUCCAAGUUGGAGCGGUGCGCGCGAGGUCUCUUAAAGAAAAGUAGGUAAAGGUAAGUAAGGUAAGUAGGUAAGGUCCCAAUGUUAAAUUAAAUAUUUCUAAAGAAUGUGAUGCCUUUGGGGUAUUUAUUAGGCUCCCGCGAAGCCGUUCUUUGUGUCGGUCACGCAACGAGCGUUGCGUGACCGACACAAAGAACGGCUGCGCGGGAGACUAGGGCAUUUAUCUGUUUAGUAGAGAGAUAAUUUGUCUCAGGCUAAGUUCAAACGUCGUAUUAUCCAUGUGCCGUAUUCAAUGCAAAUGCGUGCAAAUGAAGAUGAAACAAUGGACUAGAUUCAUUUGCAUGCAUUUGCAUUGAAUACGGCUCAUGGAUGAUACGACGUUUGUUAGGCUCAGGCACCCUCGUACGGACACGCUUGUUAACGGAUACCCUUGUAAGAAGAAACCCUUUUAAGUGGACACCCUUGUAAGCGGACACCCUUGUUAGUAGACACCCUUGUUAGCGGACACCCUUGUUAGUGGACACCCUGGUAAGCGGACACCCUUGUUAGUGGACACCCUGGUAAGCGGACGCCCUCAUAAGCGGUCACUCUCUUAAGCGGACAAAAAUGAACGUCCUCGGAAGAGUUCACACUCGUUGGCGAACAGUGUUUUGGAUCAGUGUACCGUAGCACCGUACAGUAUACCGAUAGCGUAUAGUUAAGAUAAAUAUGAUAAUUAUUAAUCUAGUAGAUUCCGGUGCCCAGAUUUUUCUUGGAACAAAAAACUUAAAAUAUUGAUAGCUAAAUGAAUUUUAAGCUUUCAUAGAAAUACUAAACCUAUCUUUAGACCAAGAUAAACUUUUUUCAAGAAUAGAAACGCGAGGAAAAUGAAUAAAUAACUACUUCUUUUA